GACCCCCCCCCCACCAAGGUUACUGUGGAAAGGUUUUUGACAUAGGAAGCCACACAUACUCAUUCUCCCCCCAGUACCAGUCUGCUGGUCAAAGGAGCCCAUUCUGCCAGUCCCACGGCGGAAGACUGAGAGAAGUUCACGGCCGUACGAAUCGCUGACGCUUCAAGCCUCCUCUGCUGCCUCUUUGCGUGCUUCUCUGCCGAAUACUCGCUUCUCCUCCACCUUUUAUCACCUUUUAUCUUCCUUAGGCGCCACAGCUGUGACUGGCCCAGGGCCCUUCCCAAGUAGAGAAGGCCCCACCCCGCGACAGGCCGGCAAUCACCUGUCCUCAGCAGGAGCCAUGUCUCCAGCGCCUUAGUGAGGACAGAGCCGUGGUUUCGAAGCGACCCCCUCCCUCACCGGAUGCUUCCGACCUUCCCCAUGUUCACGGUCCUGACGAUGUUCUACUACAUCUGCCUCCGGCGCCGGGCCCGGACCGGCCCCAGGGGAGAGACGCCCAACUGCCGGCGGACGGCGGACGCGAACCCCCGGCCCCCGCCCCGCAACGCGGAGGUGGUCCAGUACGCCAAGGAGGUCUUGGAUUUCAGCUCCCAUUACGGGAGCGAAAACAGCAUGUCUUACACCAUGUGGAACCUGGCUGGGGUCCCCAGCGUCUACCCCAGCUCGGGGGACUUCACCCAGACGGCGGUUUUCCGCACCUACGGGUCCUGGUGGGAGCGCUGCCCCAGCGCCCCGGCCCCUUUCGCCCGCACCCCGCCGGCCUUCCGGAGCCAGGACUUCGUGGAGCUCGCCUUCGAGGAACCGGUCUAUCCCACGGCCGUCCACGUCCUGGAGACCUACCACCCCGGGGCCGUCAUCCGGAUCCUGGCCUGCUCGGCCGACCCGUACGCCCCGAGCCCUCCGGCCGAAGUAAGGUGGGAGAUCCUCUGGUCCGAGGAACCUACCAAGAUGGCCACACCCCAAGCUCGCCAGUUCUCUCCUUGCAUCAAACAGAUCGCGUUCCCCACCAACCUGAUCCGCUUGGAGGUGAACAGUUCCCUCCUGGACUACUUCACCGAACUGGACGCCGUGGUGCUGCACGGCGUGAAGGAAAGGCCUCCGCCGUCUCUUCAGGCGUCGCUGGCCGAGCGGAGAGAUCCGGGAGGAGGAGGGUACGAAGAGAAGAGUAAAAGUGGAAUGGAGGGUCUGAACAAGCAGAUGAGCAAGGCCGUCCUCGGAGAAUGGACAAACAUCGGCUAUUUUGAUAAACUACCUUAUGAGCUCAUCCAGCUGAUUCUGAGCCACCUUCCCCUCCCUGAUCUGUGUCGAUUAGCCCAGACUUGUAAGCUACUGUUGCAGCACUGCAGCGAUCCUCUACAAUAUACUCACCUCAACUUGCAACCUUACUGGGCAAAGCUCAAUGACGCGUCCCUGGAAUAUCUGCAGACCCGCUGCUCUCUUGUCCAGUGGCUGAAUUUAUCUUGGACUGGAAACAGGGGCUUCAUAUCAGUUGCGGGAUUUGGCAGAUUCCUCAAAGUGUGCGGAUCCGAACUCCUACGGCUCGAAUUGGCCUGUGGCCAUUUUCUCAAUGAGACUUGCCUGGAAAUCGUAGCUGAGAUGUGCCCAAAUCUUCAGGAAUUAAAUCUCUCCUCCUGCGAUAAACUACCACCUCAGGCUUUCAACCAUAUUGCCAAAGUGCGCGCCCUUAAGCGUCUCAUUCUUUAUCGAACAAAAGUAGAGCAAACCGCCCUGCUCAGCAUUCUCAACUUCUGUCCGGAACUACAGCACCUCAGCCUGGGGAGUUGUGUGAUGGUGGAGGACUACGAUGAGAUCACCAGCGUUAUGGGCGCCAAGUGCAAAAAACUGCGGACCCUGGACCUGUGGCGUUGCAAGAACGUGACGGAGAGCGGGAUGGCCCAGCUGGCGGCCGGCUGCCCGCUCUUGGAAGAGCUGGACCUGGGCUGGUGCCCCUCUCUCCAGAGCAGCACCGGCUGCUUCGCCCGCCUCGCCCGCAAACUCCCCAACCUGCAGAAGCUCUUCCUCACGGCCAACAGGUCCGUCUGCGACAACGACAUCACCGAACUGGCAAGCAACUGCCCCCGCCUCCGCCAGCUGGAUAUUCUAGGGACGAGGAUGGUGAGCCCCGCCUCGUUAAGAAAAUUGCUGGAGUCCUGUAAAGAUCUGUCUUUACUCGACGUGUCCUUCUGCUCGCAAAUCGAUAACAGAGUCGUCCUCGAACUGAAUGCCAGCUUUCCUCAUGUGUUCAUCAAAAAGAGCUUCACUCAGUGAUUUUCCCCGCAACCUCAGCUGCGGCAGAAUUUAUUUAAGAAGGUAUUUUUGUACAGAUUUGUGGUAAAAGAAAAACUAUUUUUUAAAGAAGAAGAAGAAAGCACAAAGUCUGUGAAAGAGUCAAACUGUAAAGAUUUAUUGUAACGCUUGUAUCAAGAAAUAUGAAUUUGGUAGAAAUUUUAAUUCCCCUCUACCCAGCAGUUUCUUUGCCCUUCAUUAUUGAGUGACGUUGCCUGUUUUUAACUGUCAGCUACAAGUUCAGACUCAAAUGGCGGAGCAAAAUGGGAACAGACUCGAUUGCCCCUGAAACAAAUAUUUUGUGCAAUUCCUACUCUGUAAAAAUAAACGUUAAUUUUUUAAAAUAA